CUAGAGAAGAGGAGUGAUCAAUACGAGUAUCCCGUGUGUACGUUAGGAGAGAGAGAGAGCAGAGGCACAAAAAGUCACCCCAGGCCUAGGUGUGUGUAUUUGUGAGUGUGUGUGACAGAGGAUUCAAAAAUAAAGUGUGUUCCUGAAUGGACGAGAGGGGUAACACAUCCGCACUCGGCGUUCUCCUAUCUCUGUGGUUCUGUUUGCGCUCUCUUUCUAUCUGAAAGCGUGCUGCGUACUCUAUGGUGGUGCGCAGUUGUUCCAGCCGUGGUUUCGUACUUAUGUUCACCUUCAAGCUUUUUGAUGAAGAAACUGCAUGUCAAUUAAACAUAUAGAGGGGCGUGUGGGAUCGUGUCAGGUAAAAUAAACAGGAAGAAAACAGAAGAAGCCAGGCCUUUAUUAUCACCUCAAUUACUUGUUUGA